ACUUCAACGCGGAAGAAAAUCUAGAGCGGAAGGUUUCUAACAUACCCAAAACUUCUUGGUCACACUUCCAAGAACCCAGCGUAAAUAAGCAGAUUAGUCUGCAGAGAUGGCUGGAGAAACAGAAGAUGAAAUCCCCGAGUCCGGAGCUGUCUUCACUUUUGGAAAGAGUAAAUUUGCAGACAACGCCCCUAGUAAAUUCUGGUUAAAAAAUGAUGUACCUUUGCGAAUUUCCUGUGGAGAUGAGCACACAGCACUAGUCACAGAGAAUGGGAAGCUGUUUAUGUUUGGCAGCAAUAACUGGGGACAGCUGGGCCUCGGAACAAAGACCACUGUGAAUAAACCCACUUGUGUAAAAGCUCUGAAGUCAGAGAGGGUGAAGCUCACAGCCUGUGGAAGAACUCACACACUUGUUUUUACAUCUCGUGGUAACCUGUAUGCCUGUGGAGGGAAUAAUGAAGGACAGCUCGGCCUUGGCGACUGUAAUGACAGAACAUCCUUUCACCUGGUCGAAUUCUUCAACAAACAAGGACCAAUCAAAAUGCUCGCUGCUGGUUCCAAUACAUCUGCUGCCUUGACACAGGACGGUAGGCUCUACAUGUGGGGUGAUAACUCUGAGGGCCAGAUUGGAUUGGGAAAAGAAAGUAAUGCACUGACUCCUCAGGAGGUUUCUGUGGGGAAACGAGUCUUCUGGGUGUCCUGUGGAUAUUAUCAUUCUGCCUUUGUUACCGUGGACGGGGCCUUGUACACUUUUGGUGAAAAAGACAGUGGGAAGCUGGGCUUAUCGACAGAGAAGCUGGCCAAUCAUAAAGUGCCUCAACAGGUGACUGACAUCCCUGAUAGGGUGGUCCAGGUGGCCUGUGGAGGAGGGCACACGGUGGCGCUUACAGAGAAUGAGGUGUAUUCUUUUGGCCUGGGUCAGUUUGGACAACUCGGUCACGGCACCUUCAUAUUCGAGUCUCGCUUGCCCAGAGUGGUUGAGCAUUUCAGGAAGGGCAGAGUUAAACAUGCGGCAUGUGGAGAGAACCAUACUGCGCUGAUUACAGACAAUGGCCUUUUGUACACUUUUGGUGAUGGUCGGCAUGGAAAACUGGGGCUUGGAGAGGAAAACUUCACCAACCAGUUCAAACCAACGUUGUGUCCGAGAUUUCUUGACUACCACGUACAUUCUGUUACUUGUGGUGGGUGUCACAUGCUUGUUUUGGCAAAGCCCAGAACUGAAAGACCAGAUGACUUAAUCUUAGAGGAGGAUGACGUCACUGAAGACUACCUUGAGAAGUCUUAUACUGAAUUACUGGGGGACACACACAGUCAGACCACCCUAAACAGGAGUCUCUCAGCUCGGGUCAGACGCAGAGAAAGGGAACGUUCACCAGAUCAGUUUGGACAGAUGUUUCGAACACUUCCAGCACUGAGUGGGAAUCAGAGUGCAUCUCUAUCUGUUCCCAGCCAGAUACGUCCCUCCAGCAAGCAACUUGGAAAGAUUCCUCACAAUAGCCUUAAAACUCCUGGAAUUAGAGCGAAGUCUUUUGAUGACAGAAGCAGUGUGGAGGAUAGCGAGAGUGUAAAAGACCUUGGAGAAACCACUGACUUAUUAAACCUGACUCACAUAAUGAAGAUGGACCCUAGCGAUAAUACACUUACAUUGUCUCCCAUGGAGAAGAAGAAGGUUAAAGUUGUGAAAGAACACGGUAAGGAGAAGGGGAAGCCAAGGGAUGAACCCACCCCUUAUAGUAAGAGGGCGGAGCUUUUAUCUCGCAAAGCUCUGCCCACUGAGUUACUUAGAAGCUCGAGUGGUAGCUCAGUAGUCGGGGACAGCCGUGGGUUAGGGACACCCCACAAGAGUCCUAAAAGACGUGGUCAUGAUAAGGAAAAUGUACUUAUUGCUUUGGAGGGGAGAAAGCCUGGAAGCAAAACUGGAAAGGGAAUGGACAAAAGCAGAGCUGGAUCCAAAUCCUUAAAACUUAAACACACAGAACUGAUGGAGUCAUCAGAUAAAGUGAAAAAACAAUCAACUGAAAAAACGCAACAAAAUCAAGAAGUAGAAGUCCAAAGGUCCAAAGGAACCUCAAAACCAACCCAAGAGGGAACAGGUAAAGCAAAAGCCAAAGAUCACCAGUUGGAAGUCAAAAGCCAGCUGCAAAAUGUUGCAGGGAAAGAAAAAGGAGUAAAAAGUAAACCCAUAAUUAUUGUUGAACAACAUAUCGACCAAGACUUAACAAGUAAGAACUCAAAAGAGGUUUUACCAAAAGUUCAGAAAGUGAAAGGUGACACUAAGAUAGCCGAGACUGAAAACAAAAGUUUUGUCCCACAGAGCAAAAAGUCUGGAUCUGAAAAAGACUUAAAAAGUAGCAAGACAACAAAAGAGAUCUCCACUACUUCACAUCCAACUUCCGGUAAAGAUACUUCAGCAAAGACAAAGAAAUCGAGAGCAGAACAACGCCAAGUAGAAGACAAAUUAAAAAAGACAAAAAUGGUGCCUACUGUUGUCUCAGAGGCAGCUUCUGUAUCUGAGUCUGCAUUAGAAUCAGAGGAAAAUCAAAUGAAGGACAAUCCUCUCACCAAGGUGACUUCUUUACUCCAAGGUAUGGGAAUGGGAGGCUCUGCUCUUUUAGUUGGAGAAGCAGUGGCCAGUCAGUUACUUUCCCAGUCCACACCUCAAGAGAUGCCAAAACCCCUUUCAAGACAGAGAACCCUUUCUGAUGUUUCAUCCCUGAGUGAAUCCUAUGACGUUUCAGGGCAAGAGGAGGCAAGAGAGGCCGAGAGGACGGCUGUCACCAUCAACGUUAAGGCAGAUCCAGAUACUUCAGAUAGGGACACGGAAAGAAGCAGAUCUGAGUCCAAAACCGACGCUCAUUCUGAGAUGGGAACAUAUAAUAGAAAGGAAGAGGAAUCAGAUGAGGAGGAAAGUGAGGGUUCAGUAAACGAAAGAGAUGAAACUGAAGAUGUGGAGGAAAGUGAUGGACUGGGGAACAGAAGGGAUAAAAGUGAAGAAGUAGAAGAUAGUGAUAGCAAGACACAUGACAAAGUAGGGGAAAAUGAUGAUGAUUCUGAGGGUGAUGAAGAUGAUGAUACAAUGAUCAAAGAUUCUAGUGAGGAAGAGGAAAGUGAAGAGGAGAAGACAGUUAAUGAUACAGUGACCAAAGCUUCUAGUGAGAAUGAGGAACGUGAGGAAGAGGAGAAAAGUAACGAUUCUGAGGUUAAUGAUACAAUGACCAAACAUUCUAGUGAGGAUGAAGAGAAAGAAAAAGAGGAGAAAAGUAGUGACUCUUCCAAUGCUUCUAGUGAGGAUGAAGAAGAAGAGGAAAAAAAUGGUGAUUCUGCCAAAGCUUCUAGUGAAGAUGAAGAAGAGGAGGAGAAAAGUGGUAGUUCUGUCAAAGCUUCUAGUGAAGAUGAAGAAGAAGAGGAGGAGAAUGGUGAUUCUUUCAAAGCUUCUAGCAAGGAAGAAAGUGGUGAUUCUGCUAACGCCUCUAAUGUGAACAGUGAGGAAGAGGAGCAGAAAAGUAAAAGUGAGGCAACUGAUGAUUUAGAGAGUGAGGAGGAAGAGGACAAUGAAGAUAAUGAAGAAGAAAAAAGUGAGACAAGUGCAAGUACUGAAGAUGAGAGCAAUGAUGAUGAGGACAAAAGCGAAACAAGUCAAGAGGAGGAGAGUGGAGAAGAAUCUGAAGGAAACUCAGAGAGCAGAAGUGAGAGGUCUGAGGAAGAUGAUGAAGAUGAGGAGUCGGAGAAGGAAGAAAGUGAGGUGGAAAGUGAAGCAGAGGAAGAUGAAACUGGGGAAAAUACUAGUGAAGAAGACGAUGAGGAGCAGGAAAGUUCAUCUGAAGAUGAAGAGAAGAGUGAAAGUGAAGCUGAGGGGGAAGAAGAGGAGAGUGAAGGAGACCAAGAGGAUGAAAGUGAUGAGGAAACAAGUGAUAAAGAUGAGGAAGAAGAGGAGAGUGAAAAUGAAGAGGAAGAAGAGGAGGAGAGCAAAGUUGAAGAGGAGGAGGAAGAAAGUAAUGAGGAGGAAGAAAAUGAAGAAGAGGAAGCAGAGGAGGAAGAGCCUGGAGAGGAUACAGAAGAAGCAGAGGAUGAGGAGGGAGAAGAGGAGGACACACAAGAAGAAGAGCAAGAAAAUGGCGAUGAUGAAGAGGAGGAGGAGGAGGAGGAGGAAGAAAAAGAAAAGACCAAAACAAAACGUGAAAAAGCCUCUAGCAGACUCCAAAAGGACGCCGCCAAACCAAAGCCAAGUGUGAAAACUCACAAACCAAAAGCCAAACAAGCCCGUGCACAAAGCGACCAAUCAGAUGACGAGUCCCAUGAGUCUAAGCAGUUUUGGGAUGAUGUUUUACCUCAAUACCUUAAUUUAAAAUAACUCAACAACUUCAGCUUUACCCUGAGCAUUAUGUACAUGCCUUUUCAUAACGCCCGCUCACACCAAGAACGAGAACAGUAACAGUAACAGUAACUACUUAUAGGUUAGGAGCUCUUCUGAUUAACCUUUGCUUUAUUUUAAGUUCAGUCACCUGCUUUACAUUUUUUGCUCUUGGGAUGGAUUCUGAUUGGCUCUUUACAACUGGAACACUCUGAUUGGCUUUUUAAAGCAAGAAGGAUUGUGAUUGGCCGUGAACUUUAUUUAAGCUAGCUAGAUAGCUGAGCUAGGA